GUGUAUGAAGGGAGGACGUGGAGAGUGGUCCUGAAGAUGAGGCGUCUGUACAGGAAGAAAGCCCUGAGUCUGGUGAAGGAGCUGGAUGCCUUCCCCAAGGUCCCAGAGAGCUAUGUUGAGACCACAGCCACAGGGGGGACAGGUAGGAUUUCACUCUCAAUGCUGAUUCAAUAGCCAUUACUUUGAAUGACAUCACUAAUGUUCUUCUCUCACCCAUUCGUAGUGUCCUUGAUAGCAUUCACUGCCAUGGCACUGCUGGCCUUCUUUGUGUAUCGGGAUACCUGGAUGAAGUAUGAAUACGAAGUGGAUAAAGAUUUUUCAAGGUACAAACAAAUGUUGAUUUUGUUUCAUCAGCUCUAAUUUGAGACUGAACUGUAUUUUACUGCAGGUACAUUAUCUUGGAAUCUGACAAGGCUUUUUCUUCAUUUACAGUAAAUUGAGAAUAAACAUAGAUAUUACAGUUGCCAUGAAAUGCCAACGUAAGUAUUCAACCUUAUCAAACAUUAUUUAUUACAAUUAUUCAUGAAAUCUUGACCUUUGAGACAAAGACUGAGUUGAUGGUGGGCUGUUUCAGAUGUGGGUGCAGACAUUCUGGACCUGGCAGAGACCAUGAUAACAUCAAAUGGCAUUCAGUAUGAGCCUGUGAGUAGAUCACUGAGCAUUCUAUUACAUACAAAUAGACUGGUGAUCCCAAACCCUGAUCUAUUUUCUUCCCUGUGUAUAAAUGUUCAGGUGAUUUUUGAGCUGACCCCGCAGCAAAGACUGUGGCACAGGUAAGCAGUUUACUGAGUUAUUUAAACGGUGACAUGCACACAUACUAUCACCCCAUAGUGGGCUGGAGAAAUGUAACCACUCUCAAAUUCAUAGACAGAGCUAUGGAUGUAAGGACUGACCAUCCAUGAUAUCAAAAUGAUAGUUGUAUUUUUUUUUUGAGGCUAUACAGUGUUUGUUUACAAGUAAGUUGUGUACAAACAAAGGAGUAAAACAAGCUUAUAUUUUGAGUUCUGAUUGGGUUAGACAGUUAAACUAAGCUCAUGAGGCAUUUAUAAUGUUUUAUUCUUCAAAAAUCAAUGGCUAUAUAUAAUGAAUUUAAAAGUCAGAAAAUGGAUGUAGCAAUUGCAGAUUGCCCCUUUAAGCACUUUGUUAAUAGUCAGAAAAUCUCACUCAACCACAUUCCAAAAUAAAAAUAUAUACAUUUUGUCGUCCUUCCUGUAUGAAAUUAGUAGUUAACCAGGUUCUCUCUCUCCCAACUCUCCUUAGGACUCUGUUGCUGAUUCAGAACAGGCUGAGGGAGGAGCAUUCUCUACAGGAGGUCUUGUACAAGAGUGUUCUAAAGGGAGCCCCUACGGCCUUGCCCCCUAGGUUAGUAGGCUGCCUUGCCCCCUAGGUUAGUAGGCCUGCCUUGCCCCCUAGGUUAGUAGGCCUGCCUUGCCCCCUAGGUUAGUAGGGCUGCCUUGCCCCCUAGGUUAGUAGGGCUGCCUUGCCCCCUAGGUUAGUAGGGCUGCCUUGCCCCCUAGGUUAGUAGGGCUGCCUUGCCCCCUAGGUUAGUAGGGCUGCCUUGCCCCCUAGGUUAGUAGGGCUGCCUUGCCCCCUAGGUUAGUAGGGCUGCCUUGCCCCCUAGGUUAGUAGGGCUGCCUUGCCCCCUAGGUUAGUAGGCUUGCCUUGCCCCCUAGGUUAGUAGGCUUGCCUUGCCCCCUAGGUUAGUAGGGCUGCCUUGCCCCUAGGUUAGUAGGGCUGCCUUGCCCCCUAGGUUAGUAGGGCUGCCUUGCCCCCUAGGUUAGUAGGCUGCCUUGCCCCCUAGGUUAGUAGGCUGCCUUGCCCCCUAGGUUAGUAGGCUUGCCUUGCCCCCUAGGUUAGUAGGGCUGCCUUGCCCCCUAGGUUAGUAGGGCUGCCUUGCCCCCUAGGUUAGUAGGGCUGCCUUGCCCCCUAGGUUAGUAGGGCUGCCUUGCCCCCUAGGUUAGUAGGGCUCUGAAGUGUUGUGAAAAUGCAUUGAGUACAGAUAUGUUUUCCUACAUAGCUAAUAGUAUGUGUGUGUGUCUUCAGAGAGGGCACCGCCUCAGAGCCCCUAAGUGCCUGUAGGAUACAUGGGCACGUCUACGUCAACAAAGUGGCUGGGAACUUCCACAUCACAGUGGGAAAGUAAGAUACCUGUACACUUUUCUAUAAGCGUGAUAUAUUUAAGCAAUAAGGCCCGAGGGGGUGUGGUAUAUGGCCAAUAUACCAUGGCUAAGGGCUGUUCUUAACCACGACGCAACACGGAGUGCCUGGGUACAGCCCUUAGCCGUGGUAUAUUGGCCAUAUACAACAAACCCCUGAAGUGCCUUAUUGCGAUUAUAAACUGGUUACCAACGUAAUUAGACCAGUAAAUAGUCAUGUUUUGUCAUACCCGUGGUAUACUGUCUGAUAUACCACGUCUUUCAAACAAUCAGCAUUCAGGGCCCGAACAACCGGUUUAUAUUUAAUAGUGCAUUUUGUAUGUAAAUCAUUCUUUAUGGAUGUAAUGGGGGAAAGCUAUGUAAUAAUGCCAAAGACUCAGAGGUUCAUGGAGUUUGUCUCAUACGUUAGAAGCUUCCAGGCUCCACAAAUGAAUGCUGCAAAUGAUUUAUGAGUCUAUAUGUAUGAUUGGAAAAAGGGCACACAACCUAUACAGCACAGUAUAUUUCUUUUUGAUGAAAAUGCUCCUCAUGCUUCUAACCCUCUGUCUUUCUCAGGCCUAUUCAUCACCCUCGUGGCCAUGCUCAUAUAGCAGCUUUUGUAAGCCAUGACAGUAAGUUCUCUUUUAGCCUGACCAGGAAAGGGUGACAUUCAUUUGCAUAAUGUAUUAGUUUUAGACAAGGACAACAUUAGUACUGUUCUCUGGUUGCUUACAUUGCAUUUGCAUUUCCAUGUUUCAAGUGAUAGAUAAGAGGAGUAUCUAUUCUAUUGCAGUGCCAAAUAACUAUUUUCUCAGAAUGAUACACUCCCAAAUAGAGGUUUUCACUGUCCCAUUCCACCUGACUGAAUGUGAGCUGGGUUUCAUCAUUGCGUUGCAGCGUACAACUUCUCCCAUCGGAUAGACCAUCUGUCUUUUGGAGAAGAGAUCCCUGGCAUCAUCAAUCCUCUGGACGGAACAGAGAAAAUCACCACAAACCGUAAGUUACUGCUCCUCCUCACUGAGACCAGGAAGUAAACACAUUAAUAUGUUCUUAUCAAACCUCAUUCAGCUGUUACUCAAUCUGCAGCUAUGACUACAGAAUGGUAGAGCAGUAAGCCACUGUACAUUGAGGUGCUUUGUAGCAACAGUAUUGUGUUGUGAAUAAGCCACACUGUCAAAACCCUUACUGUUUGUAGGCUGAUUAUGUACAUGAGCUCUGAUCCACAUUUUGGUAUUUGGUAUUUUAUUAGGAUCCCCAUUAGCUGUUGCAAAAGCAGCAGCUACUCUUCCUGGGGUCCACACAUAACAUGAAACAUGACAUAAUACAGAACAUUAAUAGACAAGAACAGCUCAAGGACAGAACUACAUACAUUUAAAUCAAACCUCACUUCCAGCCUAUUCUGCUCAGCAUGGCGUCAUGAGUUUGCACAGAGAAAAUGUAGCUAUUUGUAUCCAUUUGAAGUGGAUUUACUGCAGGCUUGCUUUCAUUCACUUGCUGUUCAAAGCAGUCUAGUUUCUCCUGGGGAAAGAACUGAAGCCCCCUAUUUCACCUUUUCUAGAAGAAGUAUUCUGUGUAGUCCGUCACAAGAUGGAUGUGUUAAAAGGCUUUGUUCUUUGUCUUAUUGUUUCAGAUAAUCAGAUGUUCCAGUAUUUCAUUACGGUGGUACCUACCAAACUGCACACGUCCUCUGUGACGGAGAGGGUAAGUCCUGCGCUGUCUGAUUUAGGCACAGAUCUAGGAUCAGCUUACCUUCCCCAAAUCCUCAUAUUAACCAUCAGGGGGAAAGGAAUCCUAUUCCGUGUUGACCAUGAUGGAGGAUGCUUCAGUUGGUUCAGAUGAUGGAUCAGUCUCCUCAUCCAUCCAUCCAGUCCAUUCAGCUCCCUCUGCUGGCUGCCAAAAGUUAGUUCUAGAUCUGCUGCAUAACACCACCACACAACCUGAGACAGUCAUAGAUUUCUCUCUUACAAACACACAUAUUCACAUACACAAAGGCUAGAUGCUAGAAAGGCCGGUGUGUGUGUUUGUAAAGGAGAGAUUGACCACCCCACUCUACCUACCCUCUGUCUGGUCUAGGAACGGGUGAUCAACCAUGCGGCGGGCAGCCACGGUGUGUCUGGGAUCUUUAUGAAGUACGACACCAGCUCUCUGAUGGUGACGGUCAGUGAGCAGCACAUGCCCCUCUGGCAGUUCCUGGUACGACUCUGUGGCAUCAUCGGGGGUAUCUUCUCCACCACAGGUCCAGACAACACUCACUCUUACCACCUAGUGUCAUGGGCAGACCUCAUACUGUUCAUGUCUCACAAAUCAUUUGCAGCCUGAUACUGUGCCACGUUAGAGAAAUGCAUUUAUCUUCUCUCUCUCCCACAGGCAUGAUCCAUGGGUUUGUUGGCUUCUGUUUGGACAUAGUCUGCUGUCGCUUCAAACUAGGCCCAUAUAAACCUAGAGUGGUGAGCCCAGUCUUCUUUAUUGCUACUGAAACUAUGUAGCAAAAUGAUGGUAAAUCCUUAAAUGUACUAGUUCCUCUCUACAUUUUCUCUAUAUCCAGGUGGUUCUCCCAGAUGCUCAUGUGA